AUGAUUAAAUACAUGAAGAUAGUGGCCGCCGUAACCGGGUUGGUGUUCCUGGGUUACUGCGUGUACUUUGACAAGAAGCGUCGCAGCGAUCCGGACUUCAAGCGCAAGCUCCACGAACGUCGCAGUCGUCGCCCGGCUCCUAAAUCUGGACCUGGGGAUCUUAAUGAGAAGGACAUGGAGAUGUUUUUUCUUGAUCAGAUGCAACGCGGCCAGAGCUUGAUUAAUAAUGGCGAUAUCGACGCCGGAUUGGAUCAUCUCAUCAGGGCGAUCUUCGUGUGCAACCAACCGGCCAAGCUGCUCCAAGUACUGCAGAGCACUCUGCCCCCGCAGAUCGCUACCAUGAUGCUGAUCAAGAUGGAAGCCUAUGAGUGCGGCCAGAAGCGUUUAGCUAUUCCACACGUUGUUGCGGAUGAGGAGAGCAUCAGUGCCGUCGAAUGA